ACCGACAAUGAUUUCAAUCUCCUUUUAAAAAGGUUUUAUGAAUUACAAGCUGAACGUGUGGAGACAUACCGUCUUUUUGAUGAGGGGCAUCAGGCAUAUAUGAAAUCUGGUCCACACUAUGACUUUAUGCAAUACCGGAUGUUGGUGCAUGAGAUCACUCAGGCUUUCAGUGGCAUCAGCAAAGAGAUUAUCCAGAUGAAGGAUAGGUUUCGGGAAGUGUAUGAUCGGUCAGAUCUCUCAGAACACCUAGAAAAGAUUCAGGAGCUGGAGAAGGAAAAAUUAUCAUUGACAGCUAGGCUGCAGUUAGCCAAACAGAAUGCCCAAGACCAUCCUAGUGAGGAGUCCUACAGAGAGGAGGUGCAGCAACUAAAACAGAAGAUAAUUAAAACCGUGGAAGCAAUCAGUGAAGUACUGCAAGAUUUCAAGUACGACUGUGAAGAAAUACAAUGA